UAUGACAUCUGACAGGUUUCGGCUGAGUCACUUCCUGUUUCCUGUUUCUGACUUGUCGUCACAGUCAGACAGUUUGCCACAUGUACGUGAGGCCCCUCCCCUGAACAAACAGGCUGCGUGUGACCGACAGUCAAUGACCUUCGUCCUGCAGGACAGAAGCUUCACGCUUCAGCUGGACGACCAGUUCUUCUCUUCACGUUUUAUAACUGCAGCUCACAGGAAGACAACAUGGCGGCGAAGGCGAGCGCGGAGACGGACUUCCUGCAGUUUAAUGAUCUGGCCUGUGAGACGGUCGGCGGGAGGGUCAUUUUCGCUACAGACGAGUGGUUUGCUCCUGCUGCCAACCUGCUGAAGCGAGAGACGCCGCAGUUCAUCGCCGAUGCCUUCACUGACUUUGGAAAGUGGAUGGACGGAUGGGAGACGAGGAGGAAGAGAACAGCUGGUCACGACUGGUGCGUGGUGCAGCUCGGAGUCCCGGGGCGGAUCCACGGCGUCGACGUCGACACGUCCUUCUUCACGGGGAACCACUCACCAUGCGUCUCCAUCCAGGCCACUUGUCUGGACGACCCCCCCACCUUCAGCCUGGAGGGAGACCGGACCGGCAUGGCCGCCUCCGGCACCCAGCUGGCUGCUGUCGCCAAGCUGGGCUCGGAGGCGUGGCCGGAGCUGGUGGGUGUGUCCGAGCUGAAGCCUGGAUACACGGACUGUUGCCAUAACUACUUCAAGGUCGACUUCAACCACAGAGUCACACAUCUGCGCCUCAACAUGCAUCCAGAUGGAGGGAUAUCCAGACUGCGGGUUUAUGGCGUCGGGCAGAGAGACUGGUCGUCUGACUCCACCCACCAGGAUGUGGACCUGGUGGCUCUGACCAAUGGGGGAGUCUGCCUUGGCUACAGUGACGCCCACUUUGGCCACCCACGCAACAUGAUUGGCCUCGGUCGAGCUGCCAACAUGGCCGACGGAUGGGAGACGGCUCGCCGGCUGGACAGACCCAAAGAGCUGAAGGUGGACCAGCGGGGGAUCCUGCAGGUCCCCGGCGAGGAGUGGGCCGUGUUCCGCCUCGGCCGUCCCGGAGUCGUCAGCAGCGUCGAGGUCGACACCAACCACUUCAAAGGUAACUUCCCGGACUCCUGCAGGGUGGAGGCGUGCACUCUGACCCCUGAGGACGAGGUCCGGUGCGUCGGGACCAGGUGGAGGUCUGGGACGUGGCAGAUGCUCCUCCCCCCUCAGAAACUCCGCCCUCAUCACAGGCAUCUCUACGGCGAGGCCGUGCUGGCGCCGCCCCGGGCCGUCAGCCACGUUCGCCUCAUCAUCGCCCCGGAUGGAGGCGUCAGCCGGCUGCGGCUCUGGGGUCGACCCGUGCCGAUCACUGCAGCGCCGACCAAUCAGCAGCCGCCAGCGUCCAAACUCUGAAACUAACACAUUUCCAUGUUUGAUGGCCAAAGACAGCGACACACAACAGUCUGCUGGUCGUUCAUUCAUAGAAGCAGCAGGAGAUUAAAAAAAUUAUAAAACUGAAAUCUGCACAGUGUGACUUUCUCUCUCUCUCACACACACACACACACACACACACACACACACACACACACACACACACACAC